AUGAGUGUGACACUAAACGAAGAGGCUGUGUACAAAUCCAUAUACACUGAUGAAGAUGUGUAUACAAUGUUUGGAAAGGAGGUCUGUCUAGUAAUUGAUAUCGCGUUGGCUAAGGGUGGCCCAGAAUCGAUUGUAGAGUCGUAUUACUCAACAACGAAAUCCCAACAGCAACCUCCAGGUCAAAGUAACGACACUUUGUCACUCCGUACCAAGCUGGACUGGUGUCUACCGAAUGUCUUGCAGGAAGACAGGAUGAUCAAAGAG